GGGAGGGGAGUUUAAACUAAGUGCUAUGUUUUGGGACAGGCUAAUCUGCUAGCGAGCAGUGUGAGGAUCGGAGCGUAUUGUGUGAGCCAGUGUGCGGGGGAAAGAUAAGGGAGGCAUCCAGCCGCCAGCCCGACCCACCGACCGACCCACCGACCGCCUCAUGCCUGUUUUAAUGUGCUGACUCUGAGGAGAUUUAGAGAGAGAGAGAAAGAGAGAGAGAAAACAACAGCGUAUUGACUCCUUAGACGUGUGCGGAGGAGACCCUGGGCUCAAACGCCGCCACCGCCGCCACUACAGCAGCCAGAGCACAGCACACUGAGGGGCAUCCAUCAGCAACACAAGGGGGCAAGAAGACACAAAAAUAGACGGACUGAAAAAACACACAAAUCAGAAAAUUUAAAGAGGAUUUCUACUCCCCUCUUUUUUUCAAUUGAUUUCAUUUUUUUCUUUCUUCUUUCUUUUUUGUGUUUGCUGCUGCCGGGACUGACUCCCAAACCCUAGUGAGAAAAGAAACCGGGAAAGCCAAAAAGACACAAGAACUGAAGAGAAUCUAAAUAUAUAAAUAUCUCUAUAUAUAAAGGACAGAACGAACAAAUCAUCGAAUCUGAAUAUGUUUGAAAUAAGCCGAACACUCAACGCCGCUUUGUUGAGCAAUGAGCAUCUCAAGAUGAUGACAAGGUAUGGGCAGCUCUCGGGACUAGCGGCCAGCGCUGGCGUAGGCUCCGUCCCCGAGACGCACUCGCCGCUAUUUCCCAGGGAUCUGUUGUCAGCGCCAGCCCAGAUGGGCUACAGGUCACGCCUGGGGUCGACAGAGACACAGUGGCGUCAGGCAGAGCUCCCACAGCUCCAGGGCUGGGCAGAGAAGGGAUUGCUGACACAGCCAAAGAUGAUCAUCAGUAACAUGGAGGCUCCGGUGACAAACGGCCCCAGUGGGGGGGGCAACACGGCCAACGGACCCACCACCAACAGCCGUGGAUGCCCCUCGCCCAUGCAGACCGGCCCGACAAAUGACGACAGCAAGACCAACCUCAUCGUCAACUACCUGCCCCAGAACAUGACCCAGGAGGAGUUUCGCAGCCUGUUUGGUAGCAUCGGCGAGAUAGAGUCCUGCAAGCUGGUUCGAGACAAGAUAACAGGACAGAGUCUUGGCUAUGGGUUUGUCAACUACAUUGAUCCAAAGGAUGCAGAGAAAGCCAUCAACACGUUAAAUGGACUCAGACUUCAAACCAAAACGAUCAAGGUGUCAUAUGCGCGACCCAGCUCAGCUUCGAUCCGUGACGCUAACCUGUACGUGAGCGGCCUCCCCAAGACCAUGACCCAGAAGGAGCUGGAGCAGCUUUUCUCCCAAUACGGUCGCAUCAUCACCUCCCGCAUCCUGGUGGACCAGGUCACAGGCCCCUCAGGUGGCUCCCGAGGCGUGGGCUUCAUUCGCUUUGAUAAGAGGAUAGAGGCUGAGGAGGCCAUCAAGGGCCUGAAUGGGCAGAAACCGUCCGGCGCCGCUGAGCCCAUCACCGUGAAGUUCGCCAAUAACCCCAGUCAGAAGACCAGCCAAGCCCUUCUGUCCCAGCUGUACCAGUCCCCCAACCGCCGAUACCCCGGCCCCCUCCACCACCAGGCGCAGAGGUUCAGGCUGGACAAUUUGCUUAAUAUGGCCUAUGGCGUAAAGAGGUUUUCCCCCAUCACCAUUGACAGCAUGACCAGCCUGGUGGGCAUGAACAUCCCCGGGCACACGGGCACCGGGUGGUGCAUCUUUGUGUACAACCUGUCCCCGGACUCGGACGAGAGCGUGCUCUGGCAGCUGUUCGGGCCGUUUGGUGCCGUCAACAACGUCAAGGUGAUCCGUGACUUCAACACCAACAAGUGCAAAGGCUUCGGCUUCGUCACCAUGACGAAUUACGACGAGGCGGCCAUGGCCAUCGCCAGUCUCAACGGCUACAGGUUGGGCGACCGCGUCUUGCAAGUCUCCUUCAAGACUAACAAGACACACAAGUCCUGAACUUUAACAGGUACAAGCAGUUGCCCUGCAACUGUGUCCUCUCCAAAAUUGCCCCCAACCCACCCCCCACCUCCACCCAUCCCUUAGCCCCUUCAGUCACUACCACUACCACCCUAUUACAGCCAUCCAACACAACAAACUCAAACUCUAACCGGAACACAAAGCAACCGACAAACCAUCAACAAAUUGAACUAGAAAUGGCUUAUAUUAUAACUUUGGACCUAUAAGCCAAUGUUGCCUAAGUAUUACAAAAAUGAAAUGAUGAAAAUGUUCAUGAGUUUUUUGAAGCUCCUGUGAUAAUGCAGGCUUCUCUUUGUUGUAUAUUCUGUUUGUUGUGGUUGUUCUUAAUGAUUUUUCUCUUCUGUGUAAACAGUAGCAAAUCCCCGUAUCCCCUUAUUUCAGAGAAGAGAAUGUCCUUUUUAGAUUGAAACCUUUUCUCUGUCUUGAUUCAGGAUUUAUUUUUUCUUUUGUAAAUCCGGAUCCACUGUCGUUAGUAUUAUAUACCUCCCUGUCAGUAAAUGGGAGGGGGCUCUUUUUUAAAUUAGUGAACCAUCAUUCAUUUUUAUUGUGUAUUAAAACUUCCCCUUAUCGAUUACACACGGGACUGUCCAGUCCGCGGAAACUCUGAUGUAGAAAAAAAUGAAUUUCUAACAUUGUUUUUGUUUUGUAUCGCAAACAAAACAUAAUGUCUUUCCUCACUGGGUUCAGGGGAGAUGGGGCGAGGGAGGGGAUGGGUUAGCUUUCCUGAUGACACGUUCAGUAAUUUAAGAAAAAAAAAAAAAAUAACACUGUUGCCAAAGAGACGAUCUCUUUGCUUGAAAAAAAUGCAUUUAGAAAAAGAUAAAAAUAAAGAGAAAGAAGAUCUAUUUUUAUAAAUGAUAAUUAAAAUAAUAAUUAUUGAAGAAUUUUUACAAGAAUCUGGAUUUGAAAAAAGAGAAAAAUAUUUUGACUGGCUAACUAGGGGGGGCUGGGGCGGGAGGGGGGGCACCACCUUGUCUUGUCGUUCUGCUGUGGUACUUUAUAGGAUCAGAGGUUGUUUGUUUUUUGGGGAAUCCAAGUUGGCAGUGAUUUUGUAGAAGGAUGGUUUUGUGAAAAGGGAUGCAAACUUGAGGCAGGUGAUUUUGGUAAUUUUUCACAUAUGUACUAGUGCGUAAUUAUUCAACAGCGAUACCCAAAAGGGAAGGGAGAGGGGUCUUUCUGAGGCCUAACCAUCCUUAUAGUCCAGAGCCCAAAGCAAGAAGACCCUUUGUUCACUUGUUUUCCUGUUUUUUGUCAUCAGUCAAUAUGGGAUAUCAGUAAAUAGAUAUAUACACAUCUAUCCAUUUAGAGAGCAUAUUAUACAUUAUCUAUAUCAUUUUCUUCGCUCUGCGUUUGUGAACUUACAUUCAAAAAGAACUUCCUUUUAGCGAUCAACAGUAGGUGCUAUACUACAUUAUUCACAUAUCUUAAAUAUCCAAGUUUGUUGUUCUAUGUGUUGUUUAAAGAAAAAAAAAAUACUUCGAUGUUGGCAUUGAAUUGAGCUGCUGUUCUUUGUUUAAUAUUUGUUUAUUGUUGGCCCGAAAAAUCUGGUGAGACCAUUUGUUUGCUGAAGAACCAGAUCAGUGACGUUUGGGCCUUGUAAGAAUCACUGAACUUUUUUUUUUAUUUGUUAUUUUUCUGUUUGGCUUGCUGACUUUUAGGUUACUUGCUGAGCGUGAAACGUUUGUCAAAGUUAAUGAUGAUUAGCUAGUUCUGUUAGUCUAGAUAUUUGUUUCCUUAAAAAGGAUCUAUGACAACUGUGUCUUUAUUUGCUGUGUACAAAUAGAUGAUAUAUAUAAAUAUAUAUAGUCUACAUUUGUUUUACAAUAUCUACUGUACUAUCUAAGUUGUCACUGUUCUUUUGUUUGAGCUUGUCUUUUUCAUAUGACAACUUAUUAUGAAGUGGUGGUUCAGUUACUUAGAAAAACUUGUGAGGAAACUGUUCAAUUGUUGUCAUGUUGCUUGUGGAGAAAAAAAAAAGAUUUGGAUCAACUUUUCAGUUAACUACCGCGGCAAAAGAAACCGAACAAAAAGCUUAGAGUAUAACUGUAUUUGUUAACCAGUUGAUUUACUUAUCUAUUUUUGAACUAUUUAUUUUUCUAUUUAUUUCUAUUUAUUAUAUAUUUAUUAAUUGAUUAAUUUAUCUGUGUAUUUAUGUAUUUAUUUGUUUCAUUGUCUGUGUAUUUGCGUGAUUCUGGUACAGGGAGGGGGGCGUUUCUGAGCAAAAGGGAACAAAGCGACUAGUGGAGCGGCUCUUCCAGUAGUCCACUGCACUGAGAGAACUUUUAGUACGUUUGUGCUUUGUACCAAUAUAUCAAAAUUACAAUAUAAAAAAAACCUAAAAGUCAAGAAAACUGAAAAAAAUGUCUGGAGGGUUGGGGGACGCUCUUCCCUUAUUACUAGAAACAGUUACUCGCUAUGCAUAACCUAGUUAAUAGUUAAAUUUGCUAUUGCUUUUUUCUUGUCUUGUUAAAAUGAAAUCUUUAGAUCUUUUUCAAUAAAGUUUAGUCUUAAUAGAAUGUUAUAAACAGUCGUUCUGGUUCAAUAUAACCUGUGAUAAGUUUGUGUAGUUCUAAAAAGCCACUUCGUCCACACCCUCCCUCCACUUACUACCGCUUUGUGAUGAAACCUUAUGCAAAAAUGUGGGUCUGAAAGCAUAGUUUUCAGUUUUCAGUGAACAUUUUAUAUAUAUAUACAUCUAUAUAUAUAUCUAUAUAUAUAAAACAUUAAGCUCUUGGAGGCUUGGGCAGAUCAAUUUUAAAAAGGAGCAAAAUGCCCAUUUGUUGUUUGAGGGUCAUUCAUUGCACUGGACUAAAUCGGUCGAAAUCACUUAAGAGUCAAAGCAUAUUUUUAAACAAAAUAUUCAUCAUGUUUUCAAAUUACAUACCAACAAAUCUUUAGAAAAAUGAGAAAUUGUUACCAUUGCACACCAACUGUUCUUUCCAGCAGUUGUUGCUAUACUUAAGAAGUACUCUGGAGGUAUGAAAAGGGAUUGUACCGAUUCUAUAUUUUAUAUACUCUAAUAUGAUAUAUAUUAUAUAUUUUGAAAGGUAUAGGUAAGGGAAUGGUUCAAGAAGUUACUCUUAACGGAAUUGGAUUUUUUUGCGUUUGUUGUUGAGACUUGAAAACAUGAGGGAGGUGUGUGGAGAGCAUCGUAAACACUCAUUAGUCCAUUCUCUGUCAGUCUCUCUCACACCUCAGUCAUCCGACAGGCUGGGUCAUCGCACGCCGCCGCCAUUUCCAUUAUUAUCCAGUCAACUCCAUCACAGCCAACAAACCCACUCACUCACCCACUCAGCCACCAACCAGACCCCUUCAUGCUCCCGCUGCCGUCGAGGAGCUUGAAUUAUGCAACGACCCCAGUAGAAUGUUGUUCUGAUGUGUGAACUUAUUUCCUACACUGUAUGACUUUUGGACUCUUUCGAUGCGUGCCUGUGUUCGCCUAGACCCUGUGUGUGUCUGUGUGUGAGUGUGUGUGUGUGUGUGUGUGGGCGUGUGUAAGCAUGUUGUUUUUUUCUGUAACAGUGUGUGUGUUGUGUGUGUCCUCAUCCGUCGGUUGCUGUGGAGUGCGUCCAUAUGUGUGCGGUGUAAACAUCUGUUGUGUAUUCGUGGUCAAGUGCGUGUGAUUGAUUUGGGUCAGUUCAGUGCACACAUAUACAGGACAGACGUAUAUGUGUGUGUGUGUGUGUGUGUGUGUGCCUGCGUGUACAUGUGUGAGUGCAUGUGUGUGUGCAUGUCAGGGUGUUUGAAACAUGGGGCUGCGUCACCUCGCUCUAUGCCCGACCCCUAUGGCUCACACCAUCCCCUGUAGCGCCUUAUAGUGGCAGCCUGCCAGUAGAACAACGCAGCCAGUAGUGGAGGAGGGAAGGUGAACAGAGGAACUAGGCUCUUCUUGUCAGUUUUCAUUUUCCUCCUGAGAUGUGUUUGUUUACUAUCUGAAAAAUCUAUAAACGAAAUCGUUAAAGACAAAAAAGAUGAAAAAAUGUUCACGGGGCCCCAUGACCGCGGCUCUCUCUACUCUCUCCUGCUUAUGUUAUUACUUAACAAUUAUCAAUGAUGAUUAUUAUGAUUAUUAUUGCUAUUAUUCUUAGUAUUCUUAUUCUUAUUAUUAAUCCAAUUACUGCGAUGAAUGACUUCAUGUUAUCCUUGCUAGUUUAGGUCAUUUCUGAAACUGGAAACAAAAUAAAAAUCUUGCUGUAAAUGUUUGUUUUUUCUUUUUCAUAAAACUGUUGUGUUUGAAUUAUUUGUACUUUUGAAUGUUGGGACAAUAAAAUGAGGUGUUAAGAG